ACUCCCCCUUCCUCCACCUGAAUGAAGAGAGGAGCAUCAAAUGAGCAUUAUGAAAGUUUUGACGUCAACAAUCAAAGUGGUUUCUGAGGUGUUUGCUGAUGUCAUCGCGACACAGGACAAGGGGGCAUGGAGGGACAAAAGGAGAGAGAGAGAUAUGGAGAUGAAUACGGGAGGGGUAGGAACGAUAGUGCGCUCCUCUGACAUCAUAGAGGCUCUUAUAUACCGGGUGGAAUGGAGCCUGCCAUUCCUCACUUCACUCCUGAGAAAGCCAAGAGAAGACACAGCGAACAGCUUGAAUGUGCAGAAACUGUGGGACUACUAAGAAAAUGCAGAUGCAGCUGACCUCUGUUAUCCUCCUAUUUUUAUUGUGUAAUGGUCUGUGUUCAGAUAUAGACCAGGGGAAAAGGGCAAUAGAGGAAGAGGUACUGAGAAGUCUUCUCACUUCAAAGGUAAAGCAGAGCAAGCACAUCGCCCCCCUGUGGCAGAUGCCGCUCCAGGAUGGGUGCAGGAUAAUGAACCGUCUUGGGGAGUCUUGGCAGGAGGCCUGGGGCAGCGAGGAGCAGCAGGAGGACGCAGAAGUUCAGGCUGACUAUGACCAGAGGGUUUCAGGUUCCCUCGCCCAAAUGCUUGAGGAAAUGCAUGACCUUCAGAACCUCUGCAGGGUCCUGCAGCCUAGAGAGCUUCAAGACGACCAAGAAUAUCUGGAGCUGGACCAAAACAGUGACAGUCCACUGAAGAGGAAAUCUCCGUAUAUACUUAAAAGGCAACUGCGCACCAAUAAAUCAAGACGGCCUUACAUUCUGAAGAGAAGUGUGUAUUACUGAUGCCCAAGACAAACCGACGGAAAGACGUUUUUACAUUUUGUGAAUAUGUGUCUGUUUUCAAUGUUGCAGUAUUAAAGUAGCAAUAUAGUAAUUGUAUGCUCUGUUUUAGCUAAACCCGUAUUUACUGUAUGUGCUUCAGAAAUCAAUCCCUUCUUCAUUAUGGGAUGGACAAUGUAAAUAAAACAGCUGUCAAUUCAA